AGGAACGAGUACUGGGUCUCCCUUUGAGAUUGUGGUUUCCUAGCUACAGAUAGAGCCUGGAAACUUUUGCUCCAAUUCUGACAUUUUACGAAUGGUGAACUAUUCAGUGGAGCUUUUAUUAAAUAGUCAUUGCUUUGGUUGUCAACGGGGAUAUAAGUUUUAGAUUUUCCAGAAGUCAUCAUGCUAAAUACUGAAGAAAGUACCUCGUUAAUGGGAUCCAACCUCCACUGCUCCAGACACCAGGUUCCAGGGCCUCUGUGGUGCUCCGAUGCCCCUCACCCACUAGCGAAGAUCCCGGGUGGGCGAGGGAUUGGCAGGGAUCACUCUCUCAACGUGCUCCUACACAAGGACGAGAGGCUGACGGUGACACAGGCCAGCUCUGUGAACGGGUCGCCCCCUGUCCUGCACUUUCAGUACCAGCUGAGCGAGCCACGCGUGUCCAGCUGGAACACAGUGCUGUCUUCAGACUGCCUCUUCCUGGAGAUCCCCGACGGCGCACUGCCAGAGGGCAGCAAAGAGGGCCUCACCAGUCUGCUGGAGUUCGCUGAAGAGAAGUUGAAAGUCAGCUACGUGUUCCUGUGGUUCUACAAAAGCAGAGAGGAUCGAUUGUCCAUUACAAAGACUUUCCACUAUAUGGGGUUUGAGAUAGUGAAACCAGGCCACCCCCUGGUGCCUGCCCAGACAGACCUCCUGUUCAUGGUCUACUCUCUGGAUCUCACCAGCUCCGAUGAAGAAUGAAGACGACACCCCUGCCCCGCACCCCCAUCCCACAACCUGCGCAUCUGUCUACCCUGCCCUGUCCCCGCCUCCCCACCCCCACCCCACUUACUGCCUUUAUCCCCCAGCCCCCCCCAAACCAG